CAUAAUUGCUGGGAGCACCCAUCAGUUUGUACACCACCAUUUUGUGUCUUGACAGUACAACCUCAACCAAUACUUCCAAUGCCGCCCCCAAAGGUAAAGCCCAAGGGCAAAGGUGACCCCGCGGCGAACCGCAAGAAGCUGAAGGCAUCGGACCUUCCGCUAUCUUCCUCAGUUCGCGCAGAGGUUGAUGGUCUUGCGCAUCGCUACAAGAAGAAGGGUGGCUACGACCAGUUGCGACAAGAGAUAUGGAAGGAAAUGGAGAAGGAUGUGAGUAUGGCUUCGAGAGAAGGCGAUCACAGUGCUAAUCUAUCAUACAGGGCUUCGAGUCUACUUUCAAAGGAAAAUUAAUUGGAGUCGCCGACGCGGAAAUCGACAAGAACCCCCAUCAACUCUUGAAGCUGGAUAGAAGCAAAGCGACGUUGCUACUCGAAGGCGCGGUGGAGCGAACUGACCUAUACCAGGGUGCAGAGGCUUUGAUCGAUGAGUAUUUGGACAAACAUAUGAAAGAAAUUGAAGUUGGUAUCAGAGCUCUUCGCGCCCAGGACAUUGGUGAAGAGGCCGCAGAAGAGGAACGUAUCAGGGGCAUGAAGACCGAUGCGCAAUACGAAGCCGAGGCCGCAGAACGACGAAAAGCCAGGGAGCAGGUACGCAUUGAUCGCAAUCGAAAGGCGGACGAAGAGGAAGAAGAACGAAGAAAUGCUGCCAGGGAGAGACGUCAGGAGCAGGAUAAGAGAGACGAGGCAAGACGACAGGAACGUGAAGCUAGGCGCAGAGCUGAACGAGAGCGUGAAGAAGAAAAAGAGAGCGCUAUGCGUGAGAGGGAGCGUGAGCGGGAUCGGGAGAGAGAACGUGAACGAGAGAGAGAUAGGAUUAGAGACCGAGACCGAGACAUGGGCCGCGACCGCCAUCGUGACAGAGAUCAUGAUCGGUAUCGUGAUGAUCGCUACAGACGACGUGACGAUGUAUCCCCUCGGCGACCUUCAACCAGAGAUAGCAAAACUCCAGCUCCGUCAAAGCCAGAACUUACAAAAGAGGAAAUCGAAAGAUUGGAGCGGGAGGCCGAGAAGGAAGCUCUGGAUGAUCUUCUGAAGGAAGGCAAAAAGGUUGCUCAGCGGUCCUCGAGACAUCAAUUGGAAGUUGAGAUUGACAAAACUCUUGCGCCACCUCCACGAAAGACAAUGCCAGCAUCCGCCAUUGCACCUCUCUCCCGUGACUCUUCUUCCAAAACACCGGAUGCCAAGAAGAUUCCAACAGCACCAAAGGCAGCUAGAGUCGAUGCUGAUGGAUUCAAGACUCCGCUCCCAAAGACUACCGAAGAGCCAAAAUUGGAGAGCCGUGAGAGACGCAUUGCUCGUAAAAGUCGAAGUAGGAGUCGAGACAGAGCAUCUAGUCGAAGAUCUAGAAGCAGAAGCCGCCGUCGCUAUGAUCGAAGCAGAGAUCGCGAUUCUGUUCGUUCAAGUAGACGAGACAGCCGUGAUCGGGACAGAGACUCAGUUCGUUUGCGCCAUGACAGUAGGGACCGAGAUGAUCGAAGCAGAAGACAUGAUAGUCGGGACCGAGAUCGCAGAACUCGUGAUGACAGAGAUUCUCGCCGAGAACGUUCCAUCUCACGCCCGCGUGCUGAUAGAAGACGAACCAAUCGUUCUCGAUCAAGAAGUCGCCAUCGCCGAGUUGAGAGAGAACACGAUAUCUACACGAGCCCUCGAAUCAGCAGAGAAGAACAGGAAGCUGCCAAGGUUCAAGGUAUCAAAGAGCGAGAAGCAGAAGCCAAAGCAUGGGAGAAGGCUAGAACUGAGGCUGAAGCUGCUGGCAAGACUUUGUUGUAUACUGAUUGGGAGCGAGAAAAAUCCAGACCAAAGGCACCAACCAAAGAUGGCAUUCCUACUGGACCUGCAAAAGAUGCGGAGAGAGCUCUACUCAAUUCUUCCAGAUCUCACGACGAUAGACCUCCACUAGAUGAUCGUUCGACGCGCGAUGACAGACGUUCUCGAACCGAACGAAGUCGAUCCAGACCUGACACAGCCAGAAGAGGCAGUCGAAUUGAACGCUCAAGAAGCCCUCCUGGUAUUGAUCGGUAUAUUCCAGGAGCUUCGGGUAGACGCAGUAGCACAACUCAGAGAGACCGAAGCAGAGACCGUGAUCGUCGUACCAGAGAUGACCGCGAGGAUAGUAAGAGAAAGCGGUCGAGAUCCCGGGACCGAAGCCGUCGACGUGAUAGAAGCAGAGAUCGUGACCGUGAAAGAAAGAGGAGUCGCUCGCGUGGAGAGUAUGACCGAAGAGAUGCUCGACGUGACAGAAGCCGCAGCAGAGACCGUGAGCGUGAUAGGCGAAGUGCAAGAAGUCGAACUCGAAGCCGUGAGAGAGACCGCAAGAGAAGCCGUAGCCGUGGCAGCCGGAGAGAUUCAAGGAGAUGGUCGAAGGAGUGAUUCUGUAUGUACGUAG